CCGAACAACAAAAGGGUUUAGUUAAAUACUCGUUAAAUUGUGCUCCCAAACAUCCCCGCGAAGGAUGAUGAGGACGGCGAAAAUGGCGUCGUUGUGCCGAUCAUUGGCCGCCGUGAGAUCCUCGGCUCUCCGUUCUCAAAUGCUGCUCCCGAAUACCUCUCCUUCCAUAUUAGCUUCUCCUCGCUUCUACAGGCCGCUUCCUUCUGUUCUGGCAACUUUGGAAUCUCUGAGGCCUCUCCACAGCGCCGUCGCCUCCGCUCGUCUCAUAUCGAACAUAUCCGUCGAUUCCUCCGGCUGGACUUGGCCCUCUCAAGAUACCAAGGAUCCUAGCGAUAUUUCAGUAUCAUACCUAUGAGUGAAUCCAUUAGUCUUUUCCUGAAGCGCAUCAGAGCUGAGUACUAGAUGAGUUUGAUCCAUUCGAUUUCUGCAACUGCAUUUCUUCUUCAAUGGCUUGUUUGAUUUGAUAGGAUGCACGCUUUAAAUAAUGCGUUUGGGCAUUUUCUGUAUUGCAAAACUUAGUUUUCUAGUUUGUUAGAUCAAACUGGCAAAAGUUAUUUGUAUUUGUAUAGGACCUUAAUGAUA